GAAUCGAGUUUCCCAGUUUCUGUUAGCAUUAAGGAAACCUGAAGCAGUAUAUUUAAUCAUGCAUAGAGCUUGAGUAAAUGAUUAGGCAUCACAACUUAACAAGCGAUACUCAUAAAGUUUACCGAAUUGUGACAUUCUGUUAUGAAGUAGAUCAUAUAUUGAAACCAACAGGUUAAAUAUGAAUUUACAGACGCAUAUCACUGGACAGUACUCCGGGCAGGUACCCAAUCAAGUCGGGAGCUCAUUUCCUGCUAUCCAACAUCAGCAGAACAUGAUGCAAAAUUCUGGAGGUCAGCGUAGUACACUUACUAUGGACCCUGUUAUUCUGAAGGCACGGAAGUUUAUACAUGAGAAAAUUUAUGAAUAUCUCAUGCGGCGACAACAAAGUCAAGAUUUACCUCCAAAGAAAUUGCUGGAUAUUGUUAAACGUUUAGAGGAAGGACUGUAUAAAACAGCUACCUCAAAGGAGGAAUAUGUGAACUUGGAAACAUUGGAAAUUCGUUUACAUGAUAUAAUUAAACGUGUUUCCUUAAAUAAUCAUGCUCAACAAUAUCAACAACAAGGCAAUACCUCUGUUGCAAUGGGAACAAUGAUUCCAACUCCCGGUAUUUCUCAAAGUGCGAAUUCAAGCUUAAAUGCCCAGUCAUCCAUGGAUCACUCGUUUGUGGCGGCAAAUGGCGGUAAUACCAUGGUCAAUACUGGAAGUUUCAUUCCUAAUACCAUGGGGCCUUCUGGUGGGAUGCAUAGCGGCCACUUCACCUCAUCAGACGUUGUCUCCAUUUUUACAGGAGUGAGUAAUGGAUAUCAACAGUCAACAUCUAAUUUUGCCGUUAGGUCAGGUGGAAACAGCUUAAUCUCAUCAAUGGGGGCACAAAGAAUGGCAAGCCAAAUGAUACCUACUCCUGGAUUUAGUGAUAAUAACAACAGUAACAAUAGUAACAAUAAUAAUAGCAAUAAUGGGAAUAGUUUAAGUAACCAAUCUUACAUGAACAUGGAUUCAUCAAAUAAUGCUGGGAUUUUGGGUGUGGAAUCUACAAUGGUAUCUCAACCAUUACAACAAGUACAGCAACUUGGAAGUCAAAAUAGUCGAAUCUUGCAUAGCCUUGGAAGUCAGAUGAAUGGGGGAAUCAGGUCUAGUUUGCAUCAGAAAGCUUACGGUCUCCAGAAUGGGUCUAUGAAUGGAGGGGUAGGGAUGAUGGGUAGCAAUUUACAAAUGAUGAAUGGUUCAGGAACCUCAGAGGGAUACCAACUAGCUUCUCAUUAUGGGAACUCGCCCAAACCACUGUCACAACAUUUUGACCCUCAUCAGCGCCAGAUGUCACUUGGUGAUGGAUAUGGGAGUGGCAUCAUUGAUUCUUCAGGAGCUGGGAAUCUCUAUGGUCCAACAACCUCCAAUUCCUCUAUGAUGAAUAAUCAAAACAUGAACGCUGUAAGCUUACAGGCGUUGCAUAAGACAAGCGCCCCGAUGAUGAUAAAUCAGUCGAACUUACAUACUACUCAGCAGCCUCAUCUUCAGCAACAGAAGCAGCAAAAUCAAAGUCAACCGAAUCAGCAGUUUUCAUAUGGCCAAUCUCAACAGAUACCUGAUCCUGGCAGACAAGUAAAAUCCGAGCCUGGAUUAGAGGCUCAAAGUGAACAAUACCAGUCAUCCAUGGCAGCGAAUAACUUCAGUCAGGUCUCCGGAGAAAACCAUGACAGAUUUAAUCAACCAGAUUCUCGGGACAUGUUCUUACCAUCGAGAGAAACUUCACACCAAUUGGCUGUGGACCCCCAAAAUGAUCUUACUCGGGGUCAAUGGAAGUCAAACAUAUCCGAUGGUUUGAAUGUUCAAGAGGAAUUUAAUCAAAGAAUAACAGGGAAUAGUAUAUCUUCCGAAGGAUCUACUGCUAAUAGAACUGUAAAGCCCCUAAAUUCUGCUAACUCAAAUCGGGAAUUAGAAUUCAACAAUCAAAAAAGAUGGCUUUUGUUUCUGAUGCAUGCACGUAGUUGUAGUCAUCCACCUGGCAAAUGCCUUGAACGUCGUUGCAUUGAUGCUCAAAAAUUAUUGAAUCAUAUGAAAUUAUGUAAAGAUGACGUCCAAUGUAAACAUCCCCGGUGUCCUAAAACAAGAGAAUUAAUAUCUCAUUUCAAUAAUUGUAAGGAUACAUGCUGUCCGGUUUGUGUUCCCGUAAGGCGUUAUAGGCAACUUAUAGUUGGCAUGCGAACAAAUCCCACAAAGUCUGGUCCAACUGUGGUUGAAACUUCAGAAGAUUUACAUCCAUCUAUGAAACGAAUGAAGAUUGAGCCGCAAUCACAAUGCCAAUCCCAAUCACAGUCACUAGCUACUGACAAUGAGAAGUCUACAACUCCACAAGCUGUUCAGAAAUCUCGGGUUGAACAGGUUGAAGUACGGCAGGUUGAUAUCCCGCUUGCUCCAAUAAAGCCUGAAAUAACUGGAUUUUCUAAGGUUAGUGAUGUAAAACAUGAUAAUAUCGAAGAUCUAGGUCGUCCGAAAUCUGAAAUUGGGUUGAUUGUGCCAAAGGAGACGAUGGCGUCCUCUAACGAGUUUAUGAAGACCGAGAAAGAGGUGUAUCAGGCCCAACCGGGAACUGGUGUCCCAGCAGGUGAAACAUCUGUUAAAACCAAGUCCGGUAAGCCAAAAAUAAGUGGAGUAUCCAUGAUGGAGUUGUUUACACCAGAGCAGGUUCGGGAGCAUAUCAUGGGUCUCAGACAAUGGGUCGGCCAGAGCAAAGCUAAGGCAGAAAAGAACCAAGCCAUGGAGAAUUCAAUGAGUGAGAAUUCUUGUCAGCUAUGUGCUGUUGAAAAGCUCAGUUUUGAACCACCACCUAUAUAUUGUACUCCUUGUGGUGCUCGAAUAAAAAGGAAUGCAAUGUAUUACACCAUUGGGGCCGGAGAUACACGUCAUUACUUCUGCAUUCCCUGCUAUAAUGAGACCCGUGGAGACUCGAUUAACGUGGACGGAACCAAUUGUUUGAAAGCAAAAAUGGAGAAAAAGAAAAACGACGAGGAGACUGAAGAAUGGUGGGUUCAAUGUGACAAAUGUGAAGCUUGGCAACACCAAAUUUGUGCAUUAUUUAAUGGUCGAAGAAAUGAUGGAGGGCAAGCAGAUUACACUUGUCCAAAUUGUUACACAGAAGAAGUGGAAAGAGGAGAAAGGCAACCGUUACCACAAAGUGCUGUUCUUGGUGCAAAAGAUUUGCCUCGAACAAUACUCAGUGAUCACAUAGAGAACCGGCUGUUUAAGAAAUUAAAGCAGGAAAGAAUGGAGAGGGCAAGGGUCCUUUGCAAAAGUUAUGAUGAGGUUCCAGGAGCAGAAGCACUUGUCGUCAGAGUUGUCUCAUCUGUUGACAAAAAGUUGGAAGUCAAGCAGAGAUUCCUUGAAAUCUUUCAAGAGGAGAAUUAUCCAAAGGAAUUUGGGUAUAAAUCUAAGGUGGUUUUGUUAUUCCAGAAAAUUGAAGGGGUAGAAGUAUGUUUGUUUGGCAUGUAUGUCCAAGAAUUUGGAACAGAAUGUGAGCAGCCGAAUCAUCGCCGUGUUUAUCUUUCUUAUUUGGAUUCAGUUAAAUACUUCAGGCCCGAGAUUAGAGCGGUGACUGGGGAGGCACUCCGAACAUAUGUAUAUCAUGAAAUUCUGAUCGGUUACCUAGAAUAUUGCAAAUUGCGUGGUUUCACAAGUUGCUAUAUAUGGGCAUGCCCUCCGCUAAAGGGUGAAGACUAUAUCUUAUAUUGCCAUCCUGAAAUUCAGAAGACACCAAAGUCUGAUAAACUAAGGGAAUGGUAUUUGUCGAUGUUAAGAAAGGCUACAAAGGAAAACAUUGUUGUUGAGCUCACCAAUCUAUAUGACCAUUUUUUCAUAACCUCUGGAGAGUGUAAAGCUAAGGUUACUGCAGCGCGGUUGCCAUAUUUUGAUGGUGACUAUUGGCCGGGUGCGGCCGAGGAUAUAAUUUUUCAAAUUUGUCAAGAAGAAGAAGGAAGAAAACAAAAUAAAAAAGGGUUGAUCAAAAAGCCCAUAACAAAACGAGCCCUGAAGGCCUCUGGUCAAACUGAUCUUUCUGGAAAUACGUCCAAAGAUCUUAUGUUGAUGCAUAGGCUUGGAGAAACAAUUGUCCCAAUGAAGGAAGAUUUCAUUAUGGUUCACUUGCAACCUGCAUGCACACAUUGCUGUCUUCUAAUGGUAUCUGGAAAACUUUGGGUUUGCCGUAUCUGCAAGAAUUUUCAGCUUUGUGAAAGGUGUCACGAAAUUGAGCAAACGCGUGAGGAUAGGGAGAGACAUCCUAUCAAUCACAGGGAGAAACAUCCACUCUAUCCUAUGGAGAUUAAUGAUGUGCCUACAGAUACCAAAGAUAAAGAUGAAAUUCUCGAGAGUGAGUUUUUUGAUACUCGACAGGCUUUUCUUAGUCUUUGCCAAGGAAAUCAUUAUCAAUAUGACACUCUUCGUCGUGCUAAACAUUCAUCAAUGAUGGUUUUAUAUCAUCUCCAUAAUCCAACUGCACCUGCAUUUGUAACAACAUGCAAUAGAUGCCAUCUUGAUAUUGAAACUGGACAAGGUUGGCGGUGCGAGACCUGCCCCGAUUAUGAUGUUUGCAAUUCAUGUUAUUACAAGGAUGGGGGAAUUGAUCAUCCUCAUAAGUUGACACAUCAUCCAUCAAUUGCUGAACGUGAUGCACAAAAUAAAGAAGCAAGGCAACAACGAGUUAUACAGCUAAGAAAAAUGCUUGAUCUCCUGGUGCAUGCAUCUCUGUGUCGAUCUCCGCUUUGCCAGUAUCCAAACUGUCGUAAAGUUAAGGGACUUUUUAGACAUGGAAUUAAUUGCAAAGUACGUGCUGUUGGGGGUUGUCUUCUUUGCAAGAGAAUGUGGUAUCUCCUUCAACUUCAUGCUCGCUCAUGUAAAGAUUCUCAAUGUCAUGUGCCUCGAUGCAGAGAUUUGAAUGAACAUUUGAGAAGGCUGCAACAACAAGCAGACAGCCGUCGGAGAGCAGCUGUAAUGGAGAUGAUGAGGCAACGUGCAGCCGAGGUUGCUAGCGGCACCUGAUGACUGAGUUGUAAAUAUUCUUGACAUGGCAUUUAGCUUUCAUUGCUGUACUAUAAUGUGUUUGAACAUGACAUGGUAGCUGAUGAGUGAUGACAAAGGCAUGUGGGAAUUGUUAGACAGAAAAGAGUGUUGUUCAUAUUACUUCAUGAAGAAUUCAAUCAGUAAUUGUAAAUGGUUCAACAACAAACUUCCCAGUACUUGGUUUCAACAAUCAACCAUGUAGGAGUCUGUUUUUUGUUGGGUUAGUUUUGGGUGAUCUUGUACCUGUUGCCAUUAUUGUGCGGCAAAAUGUACUAUAAUCAUCUUUUUCCCCAUGUAAAGGUAGUUCUUUUUUUUUUUUUUUUGUUAUAGAAACGAAUACUAGUAAGGUGCAGGAUGAUGAUUGGGAAAAAGCUAAUCUCAUUCUGUUUACAUUGUUUGUAAUUUAUUUGUUGUUUCUUUAUAUGAAUACUUGGAACAGUUCUUACUUGAAGGGGAGAGAGGACCAAUAGAAAUUACAUUCUGUAGUUUUAAA